GGCGUGGCAGGGCAGUGGCUGCUGACCUGCCACAACAGUAAUGGGCAGAUUCCCGGGUGGGUAGUGUACCAGGUUGUGCUUCCUUGUUCUCGCUCUAAACAUCCCUAUCGCUGAUUUCACAGGUGUAAUGGGUGAGAGAGAUGGUGAGACGCAGGAUGGCGAGUCCCGAGAUACGGACAAGUAUAAAAAGCUGAAUGAUAAUAUCUCGCACCAGGAAGAGCAGCAGCAGGAACAGAUCACAAAGCAGGCCUCGGAGGAGGAGGAGCAGCAGCAGCAAUAUCAACAGCAGUAUCAUCAGCAACAAGAGGUUUUAUCGCCGUCGCCACAGGAGCACCAGACCACUUCGCCGCCGCCACAGCAGCAUCAGAAGCAGCAGCAGCAACUGCAGGAGCAGCAACAUCAACAGCAGCAGCAACUGCAGGAGCAGCAACAUCAGCAGCAGCAACAUCAGCAGCAGCAACAUCAACAGCAGCAGCAACAUCAACAGCAGCAGCAACUGCAGGAGCAGCAACAUCAACAGCAGCAGCAUCAUCAACAACAAAAUCCGCAAGAGCGGCAGCAGCAGCAACAGCAGGAACAAAAUCCGCAAGAGCAGCGGGAACAAAAUCAGCAAGAACAACAAAAUCCGCAAGAGCAACAACAGCAGCAACAACAACAGCAACAGCAGCAACAGCAGCAGCAGCAGCAGCAGCAGCAGCAACAACAACAACAACAACAGCAACAGCAUCGGCAUCAACAGACCUCUUUACCGCCACUGCUGCAGCAACAUGAACAUCAGUCAAGUACAUCACAAACACAGCACCAACAAUCGUUUACACAGCACCUUCAUCCACCGACACACUUUUCCUACUCUCCACUGCAGUACCAACACUUGAUGGCCGCCGGAAAUUCUGGUUCCUUGGUGUUGCCCGGGUCGUCUAGCAUGACGGGAGGCCCCACACUGCGCCUCCCACCAUACUCUCUCAUGGGUGUAGAUGGCUACAAACACAGUCAUCACCCCCACCACCAGCAGGGUAUGAGCGUGAGUGGUGGUGGUGGUGGCAGCACCACCAGGAAGGCGCGUUCUUCCUACACAUUCCAACAGUUGCAGCAGCUCAACCGGCGCUUCCUGCGCUCUAUGUAUCUGGCACAGCACGAGCGAGGAGAGCUGGCCUCGAUGGUAGGACUCUCACAGACACAAGUGAAGAUUUGGUUCCAAAAUCGUCGGUCUAAGUACAAGAAGCUGAUAAAGGCUGCAAACUUGAGGCUAGAACCGGAUUAUGGCGACGAUGAUGCUCCCUCCCCGCCCCCCAGCAAGCGGAGACACUUGCUGCGCAGGCAGAAACCAGCAUCACCGAGCAACAGGUGGAGCAGCAAGCCUGGGAUGUACACAGCCAAGGGAGCAGCUCCUCGCCCUCAGACACCCUCCAUCUCAUCCGUCCACAACUAUGGCUCCUAUGCUCCGCCUGUUGGCUACUAUGGUUUCCAGGGUUAUCCAGUGCCCCUGACUAACAUGUAUGGAGCAGUGCCACUCACUGUGCCAGCAGUACGACCCACCUUGACAGGACAAACAGUGAGUGACAGUGGAGUGCAGAUUGCUUCCUCUUCUGCUGGCAUUGCCAAUCCCUCUGCUACAACGCACUUGGACUCUUCCUCUUCUUCGUACCUAGACACUACUCGUUGCAGUGAUAAUACCCUGCAGCAAAAUCCUGAGAGUCCUGUGGGUGCACCAGAGUCUACUCAACAUGACCAUUCUUCCAGCAAGAGCAUGGAGCGGCAUGUUACUGGACCCAAGCAAAAAAAGAAUUUAAAGCGAGAAAUGGGUUCAAAAUAUGGCUACUGUAGUGAGCUUCAUGGAUCCAGAAACAUCCAUGUGUCCAGCCAUCAGCAGGGACUCACCCCAGACACCCAGGUGGAGAGUCCUAACUCCACAGAUCUAGCGAAGACUCAGAUAAGUUCCUCCUGUGAAACUGUUCGCUGCAAAACUGAAACCCCGAGUCUGUCCGGUGUGAAUAUGCACUCGUAUACCAUCAGUAAGGUAGAGUACGAUUCCUUUGAAGAUUCACUAGAAGCAGGAGCAAAUGCAUCAGUUUCCGAUGUACGAGAGAAGACGAGCACUUCGCCACAAACACGAACACCCAAUUUCUGUCCUGCAACCUAUGCUGGCUCGCACUUUCUGUCUCAGUCCGUGACUGAUCAUGGUGCACAGUCAAGCUUCUCAUGCCCUGGGCAUUUAGGCAAUCAUGGUAACCAGCAGUAUCCUGAAGCUGUUCAGGAAAUUAAAAAGGAUGAGCUGGAUGCUUCCAACCCGUCACUAGGUUACACCUACGUCUUGCGACCAUCCCAGUAUGACCCAAGUCUCUACGAUGAUAGCGAUAAUUAUGUAUUCAACAGUUCGCAGUAUCAUUCUGCACCAUCUCAGGGAUGUGCCAAAGAGGAGAAGAUGUAUUCUGAUGCAUACAACAACUAUCUGCAGCACCAGAUUAAUAACACCUAUGAGAACAAUCACAUGAACCACUUGCAACUCUCUCCCAGUUGUGUGUCUGAGAAUACGAAUGUUAGAACAGCCUCCACAUCCUCCAGUGCAUCCACUUUAUUGGUAAAUCCAAUGUCGCUGCUGGCACAGUCGGAGGAGUGCGACGAGGAGGGCUUCCCCAUGGUCGACUGUGAUGAGCAGGAGAGAGAACAAAAUGAUUUCGACUCGCUGGAUCUAGCGGUGCUCCAGGACCAGCAGCAGAAGAUUGUGCUGUGUGAUUAACUCGGUAAGAGUGUAAUUACAAUGUUGUUUAUUAACUGCCUUUACCAAUCUGCAAUUAGUGGACUGAGGAUCGACCCUCCAACACUCCUUACACUGAAUCACCAACAUGGAUUUAGUGCAUCAUGUAAAUAAUGACAUUGAUAAUAAAUGGAAAUGUGAUAAUCAGAAAUUUGCCUAAAUUUUCUCUUCUAUAACCUGUUCAAUUUGCUUCAGUUUUUGACCAACUUUAACAUUAUGUUAAUAUUACAUAAACUUCAGCUUGUGCUUUUACUCUGUUCAGUAAUAUAUUAAAAUGUUCAGCAUGACAGAACCCACGAAUAUCAGGGACUAAAAUUAUACAUGUAGUAAAUAUCUAGAGGGAAAAAUCAUGUGUUGUGGGGUGAAUGUCCCCAGAUUCAAGAAUUCUAGUUAGUCUAGAAUUAAGUAACAAAUGUUGGCUAUGUUGUGUCAUCUCAGUAGUGUGCAAUAUGGUUGGUACACACAUUUGUAACUUCAGUGACUCAAUAAAGACAACUAGUAAAGUUACAUUCACUAGUGCAUAAAAUAUACAGUUAUUAAAUUAUUUCUACUUAAUUGACAGCACUCUGCUUAAUUAUUUUCUAAGAGCCACUAAGCUUGUUAAACUGAAAUCUACGUAUUUGUAUUGAAAGUAUUUUUCAGUGAUAGAUCUUUGUUUUAUAUUAUAUAUAAUAUUAAAACUUAGGAUUUAUUGUAUCCUAAAUAGAAACAAGUGUUUUUCAAGCCCAGAAUUUUCAUGGUGCGUUUUGUUAAAUUCGUUUUUUUUAUUCGAUCCGCAGUUUACAUAUAGAUCAACGAUGAAUAAAGUUUUAUUGUUAUAUACUGUAUCUAUAUUCUUAGUUUUAGCACUGUAGACUUCAGUGCCGUACUCGCAUGAUCACUCUUUGCACUGAUUUGCAAUUCACAGCCGAAGGAUUAGACAUUUAAUAAUCUUGUAGCAAUACUAACUUUUUGGUAAUAUUUAAAUGUUUUCAUUGAAAGGAAUCCUUACUGUAUGUAUGUGGCUACAUAAAUUUAUUUAAAUUAAAGAUUAGUUAUUUUAGUGUUAAUAAGAAAAGUUUUUAAUUUAAAAUUAAUACAGGUCUGCUGGUAAAUUUUACUUUUAACUGAUAUAAUCCCAUAGUUACUGUUUCUAACAUUAUCAAAUUGGCAAGGAUUUGAACUCAUUUGAAUUAACUUUAUAAACUUUAUCUGAACUUAGGAACACUUGCAUUAAUACAUAAUGAAAUAUACAUUUAAACUAUGACCAUUUGAAUUCCUAUUUUAAGAAUUGCACAUUCGAACUUAAUGUAAAAAAAAUUAAUCUGUUUUUUGAAAUGUUGGUUUCAACCAUGAAGACCCCCCCCCCCCCACACACACACACACACGAGUUCUACAUUUAUUAUACAAGUCAAGAACUGUUAUACUACCUCAGUUUAUUUCAAAGCAGCGAACUAGCAGUAUUUUUUUAUAGUGUGUUUAUAUGUGUGACAAUAUUUUAUAUGUUAAGCAACAUUCAUAUAGGAAAGAUGGAGGCAACUGUGAACUGUAUUACAAGUUAACGUUAAUGACGGAGCAGUAGUGUUGUGGUGGUCAUAUAGAGCUGGAGAAUGGGAAGUAAUCAAGUUUGAUCUGAGGAAGAGAGGGUAUCUUCAACUGUUUAGAUCAAGAGCUCAUCAGCAUCAAGAGGCAAAAUGUUAAUUUUGUCAAAUAGCCUUAGUCACUCUAGUGUACAGACAGUAUUUUGCGAAAACCUGUUCCAAACAAUAAAGAAUAUGCAGGAGCAAAUGGAGGAAUGUUCUUAUGAAGGGUAAUCCUUCAGCGGAGGUGCCUUGAUGCCGGUGAAGGGAACUUGAUACAGUAGAAGGGGAGCUUCCCCUCCCUUGGAUCAAAUUUAGUUGCUUCUGUUCACCUGGUGGCGCAUGUCCCCUACAGGUUGAACCCUCCCUUAUAAUAUUUAAGGUCACAACCAAUGUAAUAUUAUUCACGACUGUCCGUCUUGUGGUAUAAUAACCGUAUUCAGUUUUUUUUUCUUCAAGUUAAGGACUUUUGUAUUUGUGCAGGUUGUCAUUUAGCAUAAAAGUACGGCACACAUCAUCUCACUGUUCAUGUUAGUUUCCUCUUCAUAUUCCAAACUGCUGGUGUUUAGAGGUGAAAUAUCUUUAUAGCUUAGUGUACAUAAUUUGUGAACGUUUUGGAUAGAAAUGUGGCAUUAUGAUUUGUAUAUGAUUUUUGGUGUGGGGUUUGUGAGGGUCGAAUUGUGGUACAGACUGUGUGACGCUUGAAUUGUGGUACAGGCUGUGUAAAGCUUGAAUCAUAACAUCAAAUAUGAGAGAAACAAGCUGCAGUUCAAGCUUCUACUGGGAGAAUGUCUCGCUCUGUAUAGAGCUUUCAUCAAGUCAUGACUUGAUGAAGCUCUACGUGCAGAGAAACGUCAUUUCAUUGGAAGCUCACUCUUACAUCUUGUGUCUGGGACUUGUAUUCUUGCCAGCACUCUGCCACUCCAUCCAACGUAGACGAUGAGGCUUCACGUUUGUUUACAAGAACAUGUUAGCACUGUGGUUAGUGGUUUACCUCAGUGAUCAUUCACAUUCUUAGUGUUUCUGAACGCUAGUAAUCAGUUUUGUUUACAAGAACAUGUUAGCACUGUGGUUAGUGGUUUACCUCAGUGAUCAUUCACAUUCUUAGUGUUUCUGAACGCUAGUAAUCAGUUUUGUUUACAAGAACAUGUUUGCACUGUGGUUAGUGGUUUACCUCAGUGAUCAUUCACAUUCUUAGUGUUUCUGAACUCUAGUAAUCACCUUUCGUAGAUUUACGCUUGUUAAUUAUCCUUAUUUUUAAUUUACUAAAUUGAACAGAGAUGGAAAUUGUUAAUAACUUACAAAACACUUGUAUCUGACAAGUAAUUUUUAUAUUACAAAUCUUGUGGGAUUCAUUAUAUGACUGUAAAUACUUUUUUUCGUUGGUUUAGGCAACAAGAAGACAGCUAGAAUGAAUGGGAUACAAUGUAGGGAAAAACGUUUUAUGUACAAAGAUUCGUCCACGAAGGGGUUGGGCGAGUACUUGGUAAAACCACUUCGUGGGUGAAACAUUGUACAGAACAUUGAGGUUAUCUCCUUUCAUGUUAUGUUUUGCUCUUUCCAUCUCUGCAAAUUUAGUGGGCGAUUUUUCCCCUAAUUCUACUACACGAAAACUUUAUUUUUGU